AUGAAUAUUAUUUAAUCAACUGUUGAUGAAUUCAUUAAAAAUGAAAUUAUCGAAUUUUAUUACAACAGCAAAUCAUAAUUCCAUUAGACUACUUUAGAAUAUUUAAGAAAUAGAUUAAGCAGAUAUGGAAAAGGUGUCUUGAUUUAUAUAAGUGAUUGUCCAAUUUCUCAAUCAACUAGUUCUGAUUAAAUGGUAUUGUACUUUCAAUCCAAAAAAGAAUAUGUGUUUAUUUGUUUAAUUAGACAACUAUUUAAAGAACCACCUAAUCAUGGUUAAAAUAUUUAAUGUUCUUUAAGGGGAUAGGAAUAUAAAUUGAAUUAUCAUUACUAUUGA